AAUAUUAAAUUAAAAAUAAGAAAAAUAUAAAUGGAAAAUACAGAAGAAAAUCUUCAUGCAGCAGAAGAAUUCAAAUAAAAAGGAAAUGAAUUUUUCAAGUAAAAUAAAUUCCCAGAUGCAAUAGAUUAAUAUACAAAGGCGAUUUAAUCAUAAAAGCCCUCAACCAAAAUUGCUCCAUACUAUACAAACAGAGCUUUUUGUCAUUUAAAAAUGGAAAACUACGGUCUUGCAGUCGAAGACUCAGAAUCAGCUAUAGAAUGUGAUCCUUCUUUUACGAAAGCUUAUUACAGAUAAGGUUCAUCAUUCUUAGCUUUAGGAAAAUUCGAAUAAGCCAGAGAUGCAUUUAAAAAAGCAUAUAAAUUAAACAGUAAAGAUUAAGAUAUUAAAGAAAAAUUAUAAAGAGUUAAAUAAAUAAUUUUCGAAAGGGAGUUUGCCAAAUCAAUUGAAGUUUAGCAUGCAGUCGUUGUAGUUAAUCCAGAAGAUGUGAUUGUAGAACCUAAUUAUUAAGGUCCUAAAUUAGAAAAUAUUGAUACUGAUGUUACUAGUGAAUGGUGUAUUUAAUUAAUGGAACAUUUAAAAGAUUAAAAAAAAUUACAUAAAAAAUAUACAUGGAUGAUCUUAAAAAAAGCAAAGGAAAUACUAUCUGGAUAUUAGAGUUUAAUUGAUUUAGAUUAUCCAGAAGAUGAAUAACUUACAGUAUGUGGAGAUGUACAUGGUCAAUUUUACGAUCUUUUAAAUAUAUUUAAAUUAAAUGGAAAUCCUAGUAAAUAAAAUCCUUAUCUUUUCAAUGGUGAUUUUGUUGACAGAGGUUCAUUUUCAGUUGAAAUAAUGCUUACUUUAUUAGCAUGGAAAGUACAUAAUCCCAACUGUAUGCAUUUAACUAGAGGAAAUCAUGAAACUAAAAACAUGAACAAAAUGUAUGGUUUUGAAGGUGAAGUUGUCCAUAAAUAUGAUGCUAAAACUAUGGAAUUCUUCUCUGAUUUAUUCUGUGCAUUACCUUUAUGUUAUAUUUUAAAUAAAUAAGUAAUGGUUAACCAUGGUGGCUUAUUUAGUAAUGAUGGAGUUACUUUAAAUGAUAUUAGAAAAAUUGACAGAUUUAGAGAACCUCCAGAUAAUGGAAUUUUUGCUGACUUAUUAUGGGCUGACCCAGUUAAAUAAAAUGGAAGACAUCCCUCAAAAAGAGGUAUUUCAAUAGGUUUUGGUCCUGAUGUUGCUCAUAAAUUUUUGAAAGAAAAUGAUUUAUAAUUACUUGUGAGAAGUCAUGAAAUGAAAGAAGAAGGCUAUGAAAUUGAAGCUGAUGGAAAAGUUAUUACUAUAUUCUCUGCCCCUAACUAUUGUGAUUAAAUGGGUAAUAAAGGUGCUUAUAUUAUAUUUAAAGGAAGUGACAUGAAACCUAUUAUUAAAUAAUUUACUGCCGUGGAACAUCCUAAAGUACCUGCUAUGGCUUAUUCUAGAAACUUUAUGAAUAUGUUUUGAAUAUUAGAUUCAAUUAUUAUAUUUUUAAAUAUAUAUAUAUUUAUAUAUAAAUUAAAUAUAAAAACAAUACAUAAAGUAUUAUAUUAAUACAUAUAUAUUUUUUUUUAAAUA